GAGAUAGUGCUGUUGCUAUUCAAGUGUGGACACGCUUCGCGGCAAAGUCCCUGCAGAAGUGACCUCUCCUCUGCAGAAGUGACCUCAGCCAGGGUUUCCACUAUUUUCAGCGGGCCCAGAUUUCACAAGGCUCUAUAUACAAUUGUAGCCCACCAUUAAAAAGAGUCGAGUCGGGCGGCCGGGUGAUGCGGGCAUCGACCGGGCAUGCAUGUAGCCGACCUAACACCGCACCGUGACUUUUACAUGCUUCGUCGCUGAACUUUUUAUAAAUCUAUAACGAUACAAGCAGAUCCUCUAACCCACUGGCACCAGUGGCGACCUCGUUUCUUCCCGAGAGCACAUUUGGCGUGUGUUAUGCCAUCUAUGACCUCGCAGACACCAAUUGACACACACCCGUUACAGUAAUCUGCGUAACUUUAACGAAAGGCGGCUAGGCUAGGCUCGGUUAUUUCAAGUCCGCCGAUUCUCGUCGAGGUUUCUAGUGCCUGCAGUCCAGUGGCAUAGGUACAUUAGCUUGCAACUCUGGCACUGCGAUGGCAUGAACCAGCUGCAGCGGACAGUUCAUCAAAUGCGGCUCGCUGCAAGCUUGCGUGCGGAUUCGAGCGGUCGGUUUUUGGUAGCUGGCGAGCCGCCUGCCAAGGAGCAGGCGUGAUGCCAAGAACCAGAAAGUACAGACAACGACAAUCGUGACGGACUUCCACCUCUCGCCGGGGUCCGGCGUGAACCCGGUCGGAGCGUCGUGCAGUUGUGCGAGGCGUCUCGGUAGCUGCAGUCUAUGUUGCUGUGUGCAAUGACUCCCGGGGCCUAUUUGCUCCAUGAGGGAGGCGGGGGAUCUAGUGCAGCAGUGGAUGCGCUGCCGAGCCCCCGCCCGCAACUGCCCUACCACGCCCAGCACGAGCCGCAGCCAGCAGGCUCCUUCCAGAGCCCUGCGCGAGGAUCGGACGCCUCACAGACGCUGCAGCUCCCGGCGUCUAUGCGUGCCCCAGUCUCCAGCGGUGCGACAAACGGUGCCGCGAGCCCACGUCCGCCGUCGCUGGCAUCGCCCGUCACGGUUCCACGUCCUGGAUUCAGCCUGACUUCCUCGGCAGCCACGACGCCCUUGGCGGGACCGUCAGGGAGCCGCCGGUCGUUCCUCUGUGCGCAGCCAGUGCCAUUGCUUCUGCCCCGCGGCGGCAGUGACGGCGCCUCCAGCCUGGCCGAUGCGUACGAUGACGGCUGCGAGCUGGACGUCCUGACUGACAACAACGCACAUGUCGCCAGAACCGCCGCUGCCGGAGGUGCCACUGUGGAGGCGACCAGCAAUAGCGGUUUGCCUUCGCCGGUGGGGCGCCGUAUUGGAUUCCUGUCACUAGGGCCGGAGGCUCAUGGUGCCGACAGCCCACCCGCCGCAAGCAGCGGCGGUGGCGGCAGCAGUGCCGGCGGCGCAUCCUUAGGGCUGCGGCUGCGCAACCCACUGCAGCUGCCGUCGGCUCCAUCGCCAGGCGCGUCUCGCAGCCUGCGUGGCGGCGCCGCUGUCCUAGCAGCGGCGGCUAACGCCACCGCCACUGUCACCAUUAGCAACGGCAAUGUCGCCUCGCCGUCCUCGUUGGCGGCCCCCUCCUCUCCCUUCCUCAUCUUGCCGAGCGCUGCUGGCCAGGGCCCUUCUGGCGCCGCCGCUAGCAUCAAGCCUUCCAAGUCCAAUGGCUUGCUGCUUGAGGACUUGGAUACGGAAGGCAUCCUGCGGGACGGCGGUAACGCCGACUCCUUCAUUGAGGAGGCGCUAGGUGGCUUGGAGCCGCCGCCGCCCAAGCUGCGGCAACAAGACGCGCCUCGGGCGCUGCUGCCGACGCAGCGCAGCAGCGGUCUGGCGUGGGGGUCGGCGGACGCCGGCGUGCCCUCCCAAGGCAGCGCUCGGCACCGAGCCGGGUCAGACACGCCCGCCGCGCCGAGCCCGCGUGACUCCUACAGCCUCCGCGGCGGCGCGGCGGCGGCAUCAGGAUCACCGCGCAUGAGCGGUGGAGGAAACGGGGCAGCGAGUUCCGCGUCUGGACAGGUGCUGCAGCUAGCCAGCCCUGUAGCGGGGCCGUCCGCAGGUGUGGGCUUCUUGCCGCGGUCCUUCUCAAAGCGAGUUGAAGACAUCCCAUCUGCGCCCAGCCCGACACAAGCACACAGCCUGCGCGGCGGCGGCAGCACUACCGGCAGUACGCCCGGCAGCCCCGCCCCCGCCGCCGCCGGCCGCAGCAGCGUCAACGCCAGCAGCGGCAGCCGGCUGCGGCAGCAGCUGCAGCAGCUGCAGCAGGACCCAGAGCAGCAGCAGCGCUGGUCAGGCACGGGCGCGGCGGAAACUUGGAAUGAUGAGGACGUGUCUUGUGUCCAACAGCUGGAUGGCGCAGAUGCCGAACAUCCAGCCGGCACUCAGCAACCCAGCCCGCUGCCAUGCUACUUUGACGGUGCCUCGCCCGUCGGUGGCUGCAGCAGCCCGCGGCCGCCCGGCCUGGCGCCUGCGCGGUCGGCCUUUGGCGGCGGCACAGGCGACACGGGGCCCAUGUCGCCUGCGUCGCCACUAGGCCGCAGCAGUGGGCGUGCCAGCGGUGCCAGUGGCGCCAAGCCGGCCGGCGGACGGCGCCUAGAUGACGUGCCUACAGCGCCCAACCCACGUUAUGCCCGGAGCCUUGGCGUCACGCUGGCUCCAGGCGACGCUGGCGGCGGCGCUGCAGCCGCUACCGCAGCUACAGCCACCGCCACUGGGACCGCGAGCCCAGGGCUGCAGCGCGAGCCCUCGGGGCUCUGGGCCGCCAGUCCUGGCGGCCUUGGCGGCGGCAGCAGCAGUGGCGGCUGGGGCUCACCGCACGUGACGAGUCCUGGUGGCGGCGCUUUCACCACGGGCGCUGCCCUCACCCCGACUGACUCCUCCCGUUCCUUCGCCCGCCGCCUGGAAGAGAUUCCGGCCGCGCCCAGCCCCGCACACUCGCGCAGCCUAGCGGUGGCGGCAGCAGCUGCAGCAGCGGGUGGCGGCGUCGGUGGCGGCCUAGUGACGCGCAGUGGCGGCAGCCUGGGAUUCGGCGGCCUUGGUGGCGGCGGGCCGAACGGCCCGCUUGCGUCUGCGCGCCUGUCCCUGGGCCCCACACAGCCGCUCGCCUCAUCCGUGUCGGUCUCCGGCGUGCCGCCCGUCGCCUGCGCCAGCUUCACGUCACCCACGGCUGCAGCCAUGUCCUCGUUGAUCUCCCUCAGGCCUGAGUGCCCCUCGCCGCUGGCGUCUGCGUUGUCGUCAUCCGGCCCGCUCACGCUGUCACCUUCGGCGCCGCUGGCCCCAGCCUCGCCGCGGUACGUGGCAUCGCCUCCGAUUGGUGGCGGCCCGGGUGGCGGCGGCCGCACGAGAUCCAGUGCCCUCAUCAGCGGUGGCUGCGCUGGCUCUGGUGCUGGGGUGCCUGCCUCGAUGGGCGCCAGUUUUGGAAGUGGCGUGGGGGGCGCAGGGAGCAUGGGCGCUGUUGGCGGUGCCGGUGCUGGCCUUCGGCACGCGCCCUCGAGUGGUGUGGAGGUCAGCGGGAUGCUGCGGCACCAAGGGUCGGGGGGGCUGACGCGGCGGCUGUCGGGCUUGGGUCCGGGGCACGCUGCGCAGCUGCCGCAAGCAGUGCGGGGAGGCAGCGGCGGUGGCUUGCCGAGCGCAGACGUACUGGAGGAGGAGGACUUGUAGAGUAGAUCAAGGCACAGCCGUAUUGUUGCUGGAGACCUGGACACCUACUUGCGGCUACCGCAUGCCGUUGCUGGUACCAGGACCUGUUUAGACUGAGGCAAGAUUCGGCAGAGUCGCAGACCACGCCAGGACCGGUGCAUCACACGCUAGGCCUGACACGUUAGACCAUGCCCAAGGGGGUUCCUUUGGGCGAGGGAGUUGGGUAUACCUGACACGCGUCAGGUGCAAUGCGGGCCCGCACACGAGCACUGCAUAUUGAUUGGGCACGUGGCAACGACGUGACGUUGUGUGCAAAGCAGCCUCCAUUGAGCAUUGAGCGCUGCGGUAUCCAGGCAUUUUACGGACGGAAGUGCAUACCUGCCACACAAUCCUGGCAUGACGAGGCCUUGCACAGAGCAACCGCUGUGUUUUUGCAUGGUAAACAGAUGACGGGCGCUGUUGAGGAGUGGGAGUGACACCUUGGUUCAGAUGAUAUCCCUGCAUGGAGCCAUGCAUGAAGGGGGGGCUUGGUCUGGUCACAAGCAUGUUGCAUAUCGUCAUGCGUUCCUUGGUGGUUUGAAGGCUGCAUUGCGAACUUAACACACUAUUGUUGCAUGCCAGAGUGCCAUCAAUGACCACAGACGCACAGCACGGGUGUGGGGGCCUGGCUACUCGCACGCUUGCACCUGCACCUGCGGCUGGACUUCCAUUCAGAACUGGUCGCAAUGCAUUCACCUGUGGCUGGGCUGCAUAGGCUUCAGUUAAGAGCUGGCACGAAGAUGUACUGGUACUGGGUAGUGUAAACAUUGCAGGCGUGCCGAACACAAACUUGAACCGCUGGUGUGCAAGCAUUUGGACGGAUUAUGCUCAUGUGCUGGCUCUGGUACGAGUUACUGUCGCAAGGGAAUAGGAGAUUGUAGUAGGAUAGUCGGCAAAAGACACAUCUAGAUGCCCCAGGGCGUGUUCCGCAGGGUUAUGUACCGAAUGUGGCGUAGAAUCACAGCGUUUCGCCUACAGAGAUCGCCGCGCGAGUGUUCAGACCUGUAAUCAUGGCACCCA